AUGCAGCUCAGGUGCUGGCUGUACCUCUCCGGGCUGGUGGUGGCUGUGCUGAUCCCAGCAGGGUGGCAGAUGGGCCCCAAGGACUUGGAUGACUCGUCCAGGUGGCAGCCAUAUGAACCACAGGGCACCCCAAGCUUCGGCUCCAACAUCAAAAGGCACUCAGAAGGCACCUUCACCAGUGAUUUCACUCGCUACCUGGACAAGAUGAAGGCCAAGGACUUUGUGCACUGGCUCAUCAAUGCCAAGAGGUACAGGGGAAAAGGGGAGAUGGGGACAAGGCCACGAUGGGAGAUAACCUCCCACUGCACCACGAGCUCUCAUCCCCAUCCAUAA